GGGAGAUAGAGAGAGAAAGAAGGAGAGAAAGAGGAAAGAAAACGAGAAAGAGAGUGAGAGACAAAGAGAGAAAAGAGAGAGAGAGAGAGAGAGAAAAUGGAAUUUCUCUAUUUCACAUGUCCUCACUUCAUUACAGAUUAAUAAACCUAUUGAUGGAGAUGGACCAACUCCUUUAAUGUUGGCCUGUGGAGUGGGUGCCGAUAGAAGAAUCAUCGAAAUAUUGAUCGAAGCAGGAGGCGAGGUGGGAUCGAAAGACGUAUGGGGUGAUACAGCUUUACAUUAUGCUGUGUUGGGGCGUCGACUGCAAGCUGUGGAGCUAUUACUCUCUCGGGGCAGCAAUGUCAACGAGAAGACCAAUUUUUGCAGUACUCCUCUCCAUUUGGCUGCAGAUUCAUUUCCGGAAUGGACAGAUGGUGUGAAAGCUAUAAUGAAACAGAAAGCUGUUGAGGUUAAUCCUCGAGAUGAAGAUGGUCAAACACCGCUGCACCGGGCCUGUUAUAAGGGAAACUUGCACACUGCCGAGCUGUUGUUGGGUCACAAUGGCAUCGAUGCCAAUGUCGUGAACAACAAAGGUGACACACCACUGCAUGUGGCAGUUCAGCGGCGAGAGUACCAAGUGGUGUGUCUAUUGCUGAACCAGGAUUCAGUGAAUUUAGAAAUUGUGAACAAAGAAUAUAGGACACCAUUGCUUGAAGCUGUUUCGGACGGUCACCUCGGAAUAAUGCAGCGGCUGAUAGCCAGGGGUGCGAAUGUAAAUGCUGUCGACCAUGGAGGAAAUAAUUGCCUGCACCUGGCGUUAAAAAGAGAAAACAACUUUCAUUCUGAGGUGGAGCACAUGACCAUGUUAGAUCAGGUAAGUUUUCACAUUGUUUGUGACUAUGUGUGUGUGUGUGUGUGUGUGUGUGUGUGUGUGUGUGUGUGCAUUUGUGCGUCUGUGUGUGUGUAAAAUAGACAAACUGACAGAGAAAGACAGACAGAAACAGACAUUGUUUAUAUCGCAAUUCUCACCUACCAACCCCAUCCUCCAUUACCAUUUCCUGAUCCAGUCACAAUGGUAACCCUUAGUUAUAUUAUUAUGUAACAAACACUAUUCUCUAUUCCGUCCCCUUCCGUCCUCAAAGGCACGACCUCUCCAUGGUAGAGAAGGUGAUCCAUCUCGAAUGUUGGCCAUACAAACACGGUCGUCAAAAUUUGAAGGAGAAAUGAUCUAUUCAAGACAGGAGAUAUUAUUCUGAAUUAACAAUGAUACUGGGUAGAAGAGAGGUUCAUAUGAUAGACAGUAACAUUUAUAGUGCUGGGGCCAUGAUAAUAAAUACAUCUUGUCCAUUCCAUGAAGAAUUCUGCCUGAAACAGCUCUCUGUCACAUUUCUUUUAUAUAAUACUAGCAGCAUAGCCCGGCAUUGCCCGGA